AUGUCCGAUGGGACUGGUUUCUCCGCCUUACCGGAGGAGGUAUUGACGGUCAUUGGGGGCUUCUGCCAGGAGCUUUUAGUGUGGCGGCUGAUGGCGGUCUCAAGAAAGGUGCGCAGGGCGGUGGAGCCGAUGCUAGGCCGCUUUUUGGCGGAGCGGGAGCUGGUCGGUCAUCCAUGUCUGCUGGAGCAUCUACCUCUUCGCUCUGUCGAAGAUGAAGUCGAGGUCGAGGAUGCGGAGCGCGCGUCAAAGCUGUUGGAAAUUGUCAAGCGAUUCGACAAGCAUCUCACCGCAAAUCCCCGCUCCCUCAUCGCACUGAAGCGGCUCACUAUCGAGUGUAGAUGGGACGAGGAUGAUCACGCCAGCUGGUAUCUGCUAGAUCGCUUCCCAGAGCUCGAGCAGCUCACGAUGAUGUUCGUCGUUCGGCCCCAGGAUGGACCCGGCCAGAUUGAUCUGCUAAAGCUGUCGGAUCUGACGCUGUACUCCACUGGUGCGCCAAUCUGGCAACUCCUCGGCUUCCUGGAGACCGCCAAGGAAGUCCGCUCCCUCAAGGUCCUCUCGGGUUAUCGGAACCCAGUCAUCCCGGACCCGCUCUCAAUGCCUAUCGUCCUUGAGGACGAUUUCUCUCCCCUUCUACAGAAGCUUCAGCGCGUCUACCUAGCCGGUCACCUUGAAUCCCUCGUCAAUAUCACGCGGGUCUUCAGUACGCUGCCCGCGCUGGAAUACGUCACUCUGGACCCCUCUGGCGACACAUACUCCGAAGAGCAAUUGGGCAACAUCCUUCGAUCCAUCCGGAAGGGCGGGACCGUGCACAGCCUCGCGCUGUUCGGGCCCGCUGCUUUGGAUUUCAUGGCGGAAGCCCAUGAUCCCUCCCAGCAUGGGUGUCUCAAUGGGAUCCGGCUCCUGGUGCUCGAUGAGACGGGGGACCAAGGCUAUACAAUGAUGGUGCCGCCGGAAAAUUACAACCCCAAACCGGACAUGAACUCGCUCGAGCGGAUCCCAUAUGCGCGGUAUCCAAACCUUUCACCAAUCCAACCGCUCUGUCCGGGCGUGCUCUAUGUACACGAGGAGCUUCAAGAAUUCUUCGAUACCUAUCCCACCCUGCGUUCCGUCAUGUUUCUUGAGGGGUAUCCUCCCGAUCACUUCGCUGUCGAUCAUACCGUACUCGGGCCCGACGUCCUAUACCUCGUCACUAGACCGGAGGGCGGCGGACCUAUGCGGGCUAUCGGACCACUCGUUCCGUCCUAG